AUGCGUUCGGGCACCGUCACGGUGUUGUCCGCGAUAGCAACAACAACUUUUGCCGUGUCCUGUGGGCUUCGUAUCCUGUGGUGUGGGCUCUCAAGCCCGCCCGGCAUCCCAAGCCCGCCCAUCCCGCCGCACGAUGGCGAUGGUGUUGUUAACCGUUACAUCAAGCGUUUCUUCCUGCAGCACUUGUAUGUGUUGCGCAAGGGGGAAUCGCUGUUCCGCCUCCUAGAGUGGGCACGUCUCUUCCACCACAAGCCCUUUGCAACGCGCAUCUUCUUCCGCAGCCACAUUGUCAUCUCGAGCGCAGCAGACCUGGAGGAGGUGCUACUGCGGCAGGAAGAUAGUUUCUGCAAGCGCACUGGAUACGAUCUACUGCGCCUCAUCAUUGGUGACGGUCUCCUGGCCAUGGGAGGUAAGAAGAAGCAUGCGGUGCAUCGUCGCAUAUUUUCGGAAGUGUUUCAUUCGGCGAACAUCAAGGGUCUUGCCAACGAGGUUAUGCGCUUGCAUGUGCUUCGCCUGCUUGGCACCUUCUUUGAGCUCGUCCUCCGCGCCGGCGAUGGUGUCGUGACGAUAAACAUUGGCGACUACACGCGCCGCAUGGCUCUCAGUAUCGUUGGUGAUGCAGCGUUCCGUGCCUCGAGAGAGGACUCUGAAGCGGCGCUUGAGGCCUUUGCUACCCUUUCAAAAUACGAAAAUAUGAGUUUCUUCUGCCCGUAUUACCGAACACGUCCUCAAAAGGAAGCGGAAAAGGUUCUGAUGGACUUAAGCAAUGCACUUUUGCAGAAUGCCAAUGAUGGUAUUUGCUCACAGCGACGAGUAGUUUUGGAUGCGCUGAUAGAUCAGUUCUAUGUACAAUUUAAUAGAAAUGAUGUUGUGAAUCACCUGAUUACAUUCCUUUUCGCAGGGCAUGACACAACUAGCAAUACACUGCACUUCCUCUUUGCCCUUGUUGCGCGCGAUGCGAGAGUCCAGCAGCGGCUCUACGAUGAGUUGGAGAUGAUCAUGCCGGGCCUCUGUACGUGCCCCACCGUAGAGGAGCUGCUGGAGUGCGAGUACCUCGUUGCCGUUGUGCGUGAAGUGAUGCGCCUCUUUCCUGCUGCCCCCCUCAUUUAUCGUGAUGCGGAGAAGGAUGUCAUUCUCCCCGCUUCGGGUGUGAUGGUGCCGAAGGGAAGCGUCUGCAUGCUGAGCAUAUUCAGUGUGCACCGCUGCGAAGAGAUAUACGGCAAAGACGUUGACGAAUUCCGGCCGGAGCGUUGGCUCGGUGAGGAGGGGCGGGCGCUGCGCGAUCGGUGCGGGCUGUGCGGCUACCUUCCCUUCAGCACCGGGCGCCGCAACUGCAUCGGCAAGGAGUACGCCCACUACGAGGUGCUUCUCACGGCGGCGGUGGUGCUGCGCCACCUACGCCUCGAGGCAAUCGGCCCGUUUCCGCGGGCGCGUUUUUGGUUCACGAUUUCUUCGCCGGACCCGUGCCGUGUGAAGCUCAUUCGACGGGAGUGCAUUUCGUGCACAUGCAUGGCGAAGAACGUGCGCAGGCUGCAGGGGUAUGGCACGGCCGAAGUGCCCGCGUCAAUUUGCAGUGAUGCGGUGGGGCAUGCUCUGGAGUAA